AUGAAUGACCGGAGGGUGUAUCCCAUAACGUAUUCGAAAGACUUGAAGAAUGGACAAGACAUACAGCAAGACAUGCAGCAAGAUUUUAACCAAGAACGAGAUGCGGACGAAGAGGCAAGUCUUCAUUCACAGUACAUUUUACCUGUUCUUCUAGGUAACAACGGCCCAAAUAAUCAAAUCCAAUCCCUCAAACUGGUAUCCAUCAUUGCUCAAAGGCGAAACCUGACACUCGUCCUUGCUCCGUUUUUCGAUCAUGGAGCGACAUUAGAAACACAGCGCCCUCACACCUUUGAAGAAACCCUUGAUCCUGACAUGCUUGCCCAGUUCGUAUCCGUAGUAACCAUGGAAGAAUUCAAACGCCAAUGCAAGGGAACAGUGGACGCGGUAUUCCUUGGUACUAAUAUGGUGAUCAAUCAGACUCUUUCUAAAACUAAGAAACAAAACAUUGGUGUCGGUCAUUCCGUCAAGGCAUAUUACACCUGGACGGGGGUUACGAUACCUUCAACUUUCUUGUAUAUGAACCGAUCUGAUGACGUCAUUCAGAUUCAUGCCGACCUGCCGUACGAUAUACCUGUUGAGGACUUUCUCGAUAAAUAUCCAGACUCGUUGACUACAUCGCAUCGGUGUAAUGCAUUUCUUUACCCGUAUGGGUACCUGGGUCGACUAGUGUACUGGGAACACAUCAAUCGUUACACCAAGUACUUCGUCAGGGGAAAAGCAGUCAGAGAAACGGCGCAAACCUUUAUCAAAACUGCCAUGAGGAACUUGACAUAUGUUUGCAUACAUUGGAGAUACAACAGAGAGUGGAAGAAGUAUUGGUGCAGUAAACAUCGAGCUGAUAAUGACCUGGAUCUCUGCAACUCGUUACUUACAUUAGCACCGUACCAAUUGGCAACAAAAAUUUCUCACUUCAUGGCGGAGUCCGACAUAAAAGCUGCUUACUUUGCAUCUGAACUCGAUAACCAGAAUGAUUUGGUUAAAGGUCUUCGACAAGGGGUGCCAAACAUUCACACGACGAGCGACCUCAUCGACGAAUCCCCCAAACUAUCACGUGAUAACAACUAUCUGACGUCAUUAGUAGAACAGGAGAUUUGUAAAGAAUCCACGUUUUAUCUUUCUAGCAAGCUCUCAUCGUGGUCAGAUAUGGUUAUCGAGGAUCGAUACAACCAACGAUGGCAAGACGUCGAUGAACUUUUCAGAUAG